ACUUGCCCAAAAACUUGUAUUUUAGGUUGACUGUUUGUCAGUGAUAAAUAUGAAACAUAACUUUUUUAUUUAAAAAGAGUUAUUCAACUCUCCUUUAGUGUUUUUAUAACAGUCGCCGGGGAAAAUAUGGCAAGGUCAUCGCCGGCGAAUAUUCCGGGCACUAUUGAUGAUUAUGCUCACAGUCCCGUCCACUACGCCGUCGUUGUAGGAGAUCACGCCAGUUUGUCUCGUCUUGUUUCGUCUUUGCCUAAACUAACCGACCCGGAACAAAUCCACACUGAGUCCGACUCAAUGAGCCAAGAGCGAGUCGCGGAGAAAAUCUCCACCGUCCUCGACCGCCGUGACGUUCCCUUUGGAGAGACGCCUCUCCAUUUAGCGGUACGUAUAGGCGACGUUUUUGCUGCAAAGACGAUUUCUUCCGCCGGAGCUGAUAUCACGCUCCAAAACGCCGCCGGUUGGAAUCCUUUGCACGAGGCUUUGUGUCGUCGGAACUCAGAGAUCACGGAGACGAUUCUCCGGAACCACCACCGCUCCGCGUGGAACAAAUGGAGACGGAGACUUCCUCAUCUCAUUGCGGUACUCAGCCGCAUGAGAGAUUUCUACAUGGAGAUAUCGUUUCACUUCGAGAGCUCCGUGAUUCCAUUCGUCGGAAAAAUCGCUCCUUCCGAUACUUACAAGAUCUGGAAACGCGGCGGAGAUUUACGCGCCGAUACUUCAUUAGCCGGAUUCGAUGGUUUCAAGAUCCGCCGCGCGAAUCAGAGCUUUCUCUUUCUUAGUGAUGGAGACGAGUUUCUUGACGUGUCUCCUGGAACGUUGCUUGUGUUAAACAGAGACGAUAAAACAAUCUUGAACGCUUUCGAAAACGCUAAAGAUCCGAUUAGCGAUAACGAUAUCGCUGGCUUUUGCGGUCAAUCUAGCUUGUACCGUCCUGGAAUGGAUGUUACUAAAGCAGAGCUCGUUGAGAUAACGAAUUGGCGACGGCAAGGGAAGGUUGAAACUGUCGGAGAAUGGAAGGCUAAAGCUUACGAUAUCGAAAACGUAAGUUUUAGUUUCAAAUCGAGAAAAGUCGAAACAGAGCAGAGUUUGCCUUUGAACGAGAAUCAUUGGAGUGUAUCAGAAUCGUUACGGCGGCAGCCACAGCGGUUAUCUUCGCGGAGGAGGAGAUCGGUUUCUUUACCGGAAGCGGCGAUUCCGGUGGCUUCUUCUGUGGCGCAGAACAAAGAAAAGGAGUUUGUGAAGAGUUUGAGUCCUUCGGUUUGGUUAACGGAUCAGUUUCCUUUGAAAACAGAGGAGUUGCUUCCGUUGCUUGAUAUUUUAGCCAACCAUGUCAAGGCUGUUCGGCGAAUGCGAGAGCUACUUACCACCAAGUUCCCGACGGGAACUUUUCCGGUCAAGUUGUCCAUACCAGUGAUCCCAACAGUAAAAGUAGUCAUGACAUUCACCAAGUUCGUGGCUCUUCCACCGUUGGAUGAAUUCUACACACCGCUCUCAAGUCCAAAACAUCUUUUAGCUGCAGUGGAAGAGCAACACGACGUGGACGAUGACGAAAAAUCAGAUAGAAGAAUCUCAACUUCACGGCCAUCGUUUUCAACACCUUCUUGGUUGAGACUGAACAUCAAUGCCAUCGGCAAGAGCUCACGGCGGCGUUUGGAGGAUGAGGAACAAAUGGUGGAUCCAUUCACGAUACCAACAGGAUAUAAGUGGACUAGCAACUCAGAUAAAUCAGUCUUUACCAAGAAGAGCUCCAAGAAUCAGAGGCACAUAAGAUAUUGGGAUAGUUGUAAUAUGGCGAGUGAUGCACCUAGUUGGGCGGAUCAAUGGGGGACCGGAGGAAUUGGGGUGAUGGCUGCGGAGGAGACAACUGACGGCAAAAAAGAUGUCACCGGGAAAAAGUUCGGCAAGACCAAAGCAGGCAUUAACAAAGCCAAGAUUGUUGUAUUUAUUGGUGUCAAUUGGAUGAAGAAUCUUGUGCAGAGGAAGAAGAAGGACUCUACUUCUUCAUAGAUAUAAAACGUUCUUUUGCUUCUUCUUCGUUUUUUUCCUUUGAUAUGUCACAAUCUUCUAUACUAUUUUUUAAAUUCUUUUAAAUGGCAUUUUGGAGUUUCAAUGGUGCAUCCCACGAAUGAAUUGAGAUUUUAUUA